AGUCGUCACAGUUAUAUUUGCACUAAACUGAGAAAGCUUUUCAAAAGAUUAGAAACAGGAGCGGGGAGGAGAUGAGUUCAGAAGGAUCGACUUCACCUCCUCGCCGUGGUACUGCCUCCGGCUCCGGCGGAAAAGAAGACAGGCCCCGUUCAUUUGGCACGACGGCCAGAGCCAAGUGCUGGGCCAAUGCUCAAGUUGUUCCAGGCAGGCAUCCUGAGAGAUGGCGUCAAGAUGCUGCUGGUAAUAUUGUCUGUAAACGCUUUGGCAGUUGUCAGGGUUGUCUUUGCUUUGAGUAUGAUCAUAUCAUUCCUUACUCCAAAGGUGGGGAAUCAGUAGCAGAGAACUGUCAGAUUCUUCAAACCAGGGUGAAUAGGUUUAAAUCCGAUAAGGAGGCCGUUGGCACAGAUGAGCUACAACAGUAUGCAUGCGAUAUCAAGUUCAGUGAUAGGGAGCUUGAUGUAAUUGAGAUGGCUGUUUAUGGUGAUGUGAUUCGCCCUGGGAAUGAAUGUCGUUGCAGAACUGUUGCCGAAAUGCUUGGCAAACUAAAGUCAAAAGACCGCACAGCUGCCUGCAAGUUGCCCACUAAUGAUGGCCCUCGUACAUAAGCAGUAAGUGAAUGCGUAUGCAUUCCUUAAUAUGGUUGUUGCUACAUUAUGCGCCAUCAAAAUUCAGGCCCUAUUGUAUGCCUGCAUAUUAUUUGUGUCUGCCUUCCCAAGAGUCCUUACAUUUUGCAUUUAAAGGGAUUUAUUGUGUGAAACCGGUGAAUUCUUGUGCAUUGUUGAAGUCCCCCUAAGCCGGGGGAUGUGGACUAAUAAUAUACAAGCCCGGUUAUACUAUUUGAAAUAUAGUAUUUGUUUGUACCAUUAAACCGGAGUUUACUUGUAAAAAGGUUUCGACUUUCUGUGGAGGAAAAGAAAAACCAGAAGUGAUACAGAGGGUGUUGUGAAA